CAAAUUUUGGAUGUCGUCUGUUUCUGUCACACAUUUUAACCUCAAAUUUAAAUCGUUUCAAAACAUUCACCGGAAAACUGGAACUUGAAAGAUAAUAAACUAUUCCAUAUAUCAAUAAAUAGACAUAUUGAACUCAUACUGAUAUUGACAAGUGAACAGUCGUUUCAUCGGCAAAAAUGAGGUUGAACAUAGACGGUUUAACAGUGUAUUUCCCUUAUGAAUAUAUAUACCCAGAACAGUAUUCAUAUAUGUGCGAGCUGAAAAAAGCUCUAGAUGCCAAGGGACACUGUCUUCUUGAGAUGCCUUCAGGAACUGGCAAAACGACAACAUUGUUAUCUCUCAUAGUUGCUUAUAUGAAAGAAAAUCCUGAUGAUGUUAGAAAACUCAUAUAUUGUUCGAGAACAGUACCAGAAAUUGAAAAAGUAAUGGAGGAACUGAGAACCCUUUUAAACUAUUAUGAAAAACAGGAUGGGCUGCAUCCUCAUUUAACAGGCAUUGUGCUGACGUCGCGAAAAAAUCUUUGUAUACAUCCAGAGGUAAGCUUUUGAUAUUCUUCCCAAGAAAUGAAAUUAAAUUAAGGUGUCCACCUUGUUCAAAAAUUAUAGUGGUGCUACCUAGCGGAUAAUAGAUAAACUUGAUUAGACCGUACGUGUGGUGAUUCAUUCCCAAAAUCAUGGUGGCGCCAUGUAGCGAAUAAUAGUUCAUACUAGAAACUGUUCCCAAGCCCAGUUCGCAAAACGUCAAAUACGAAAACAUAACCUAAGAAAAAUAAGUUUUAGCAAAUAUUUUGGACUUAAUUUUUCAAUUUCUUGAUAAAGAUCUUGGUAAAUUUUUGUGUGUAGUCACAAUGUUUUGUCGUCCUCUUAUAUUGAAAAUGCGUUCUAAACGAUUACCUGUAGAUAGCAUAAAAGCACUUCUAAAUACAAACCCUAAUAUUAAGCCAUUGGAAAAUGUAAAAUCAGAGAUAAAAAUUACCCCUGGAUGUGUAGAACGCUUGAAGAAGAUCACAAAAGGAACGCAAGAUUUCCUAAGGGUAUCAGUAGAAGGGGGUGGAUGCUCAGGGUUCCAAUAUAAAUUUGACUUGGGUUCUAAACUAGAAGACGACGAUAAGGUGUUUGAACAGGAUGGUGUUAAAGUUGUUGUUGAUCCAACUUCUUUGGAAUACAUCAAGGGAUGUACAGUGGACUAUCAAGAAGAGUUAAUACGAUCUGCCUUUAAAAUUGUCAACAAUCCUUUGGCAGAGCAAGGCUGUUCUUGUGGUGCUUCUUUUGCGAUAAGACUUGAUUAGUUGUUUUCCUGUAAAUAGUAACUAAUGUAAAUAUAUUUAUUUUUCUGUUACAUGCAUUUUCAUUUCCCAGGUAAGCAGAGAAAGAGAAGGAAAAAUAGUAGAUGCAAAAUGUCAUGCACUUACAGCAAGUUAUGUUAGAGAUAGGCAUAAUUAUGAUGAUACAGUACCUAUUUGUCAGUAUUAUGAAGGUUUUGAGUUGGAUGGUAAAGAAAAUACAUUACCAUAUGGAGUGUAUAGUAUUGAUGAUCUGAAAGAGUUUGGAAGGAAUAAAAAUUGGUGUCCGUACUUCUUAGCCAGAUAUACUAUUACAUAUGCCAAUAUUGUGGUGUACAGCUACCACUAUUUGUUAGAUCCAAAAAUUGCUGAUGUGGUGUCCAAAGAACUGACAAAAGAGGCUGUGGUAGUUUUUGAUGAGGCACACAAUAUUGACAAUGUCUGCAUUGAUUCUAUGAGUGUGAAGAUUCAUAGAAAGACCAUAGAAAAAGCCACAGCUAAUAUAACUCUUCUAGAAAAAACUGUUGCAGAAAUGAUGGAAGAUGACAACAGGAAGAUUCAAAGUGAAUACCAGAGACUUGUUGAAGGUUUAAGAGAUGCUUCAGCAGCUCGUGAAACAGACGUGAUACUCUCAAACCCAGUACUCCCAGAGGAAAUUUUACAAGAACCAGUGCCUGGGAAUAUCCGAAACGCGCAGCACUUUAUCAGCUUCCUCAAAAGAUUUGUGGAGUACCUCAAGACAAGACUGCGUGUUCAGCAUUUAGUUCAGGAAUCGCCUGUUGGGUUCCUAAAAGAUGUCCAAGCUAAAGUCUGCAUCGAAAGAAAACCACUGCGGUUCUGUGCAGAGAGAUUAGCGUCACUGUUGAGGACUUUAGAAAUUUCAGAUCUGACAGAUUUUAGUCCUAUAGUUUUGAUUACCCAUUUAGCAACAUUGGUGUCUACAUAUACGAAAGGGUUUACUAUAAUUGUAGAGCCGUUUGAUGAUAAAACUCCAACUGUUUCAAAUCCUAUACUACAUUUUUGUUGUUUGGAUUCAUCUAUAGCAAUCAAACCAGUGUUUGAUAGAUUCCAAAGCGUGGUAAUAACAUCGGGUACUCUGUCACCACUUGAUAUGUAUCCAAAAAUUUUGAAUUUUCAUCCUGUGAUAAUGUCAUCGUUGACGAUGACUCUUGCAAGACCAUGCUUGCUUCCAAUGAUUGUAUCUAAAGGAAAUGAUCAGGUGGCGAUUUCAUCAAAAUUUGAAACUAGGGAUGAUAAUGCUGUAAUAAGAAAUUAUGGUCAGCUGUUAGUUGACAUGGCAGCAAAUGUACCCGAUGGCAUAGUCUGUUUUUUCACUUCAUACUUGUACCUAGAAUCAGUUGUAGCUAGUUGGUAUGAUCAAGGAGUUAUUGAUAACCUACAGAAGUACAAAUUAUUAUUUAUUGAAACACAAGAUUCGGCAGAGACAAGUUUUGCCCUAAUGUAUUAUAUGAAGGCUUGUGAAGCUGGUAGAGGAGCAGUAUUACUUUCUGUAGCAAGAGGUAAAGUAUCCGAAGGUGUAGAUUUUGACCACCAUUUAGGAAGAGCAGUUUUCAUGUUUGGUAUACCAUAUGUAUACACACAGUCCAGUAUCCUAAAGGCUAGGUUAGACUACUUGCGAGAUCAGUUUCAGAUUAGGGAAAACGACUUUUUGACAUUUGACGCUAUGAGACAUGCUGCUCAGUGUGUGGGGCGAGCUAUCAGAGGAAAGACAGAUUAUGGUAUCAUGAUAUUUGCUGAUAAGCGUUUUUCAAAAGCAGACAAAAGAUCGAAGCUACCAAAAUGGAUUCAAGAACAUUUAAGAGACUCUUAUUGUAAUUUAUCCACAGAGGAAGCAGUAAAGCUCGCUAAACGAUGGUUAAGGCAAAUGGCACAACCCUUCACAAGAGAGGAUCAACUAGGUGUUUCCCUUCUUACUUUGGAACAGCUGAAAGAAAUGGAGGCAAAAAAGAGAAGAGAAACGAUGGAGAUAGAUUAAAAUUUUGUUUUUGUAAAUCUACUGGUAGUGUGAACAACAAAAAGCCCAUAGGUCAUCCGACCAUCCCAGAAGACAAGCAACUUCAAAUAAUUGGUGAGAUCAUAGUAAAUCCCCAACAGUCUACUUCCUCCAUCGCAAGUGUAUGUAAGGUUUGUCCUUCUACUGUAUCCUACCUAUAUCCAAAAUAUUUAUUUUAGUG